GUCUGUUUUGUUUCACUUAGGGUCUUAUUCUCUUGCUUGAUUUUGCAAUUAUUAAGAAGUAAGAGGAAUUUAGGAAGCAAACUUUAUAAUGGACUCCGCUGGACAAUGGAGAAAAUAUACAAUUCCGUUGUUUAAUUUUCUGGUGUUUAUUACUACAUCUUCUCAAGAACAUUCAUCUGGAAAUACAGGGAAUGUGAGCAGUGAGAGGCAGUUUGCAGAUAGCGUCUUAGGGCAGCAUACGCUUCCCUCCUGGUAUUAUACAUUUAUUGAUGCUGUGCCCAAGCAUGGUGCCGUCAGCUUACACUCUCAGAACAGAUGGCGAUCACAGAUGGCUUUCUCCAAAACUGUUUAUUCAUUUGAAGUGAAUGAAGACACAGUACCAGGAACAGUUGUGGGAAAGGUGGAAACAGUGGUUGAGAGUCUCACGCCUAUCACAUACUUGGUGCAGGAGGAUGACGGAGAGAACCUGUUCCUCCUCAGCCCCCUCUCAGGGGAGUUCCUAUUAUCCCGCAGACUGGAUUUCGAAGCACAAAGAUUCUACAUACUCACUGUGGUGGUGCAGCAGGGGGAUUCACAGGUGUCCAGUGUCAGGGUGUACUUCAAUGUCCUGGAUGUGAAUGACAACCCCCCUGUUUUCAGUCAGGAUACCUUUUCUGUGUCAUUAGUGGAAGACGCACGGGCUGGUACUUGCUUCCUUUCUUUGAAUGUGUCAGAUAAAGAUGAUGCGGGGAAGCAGGGCUGCUGGAAGCUGAGGUAUGCUUGUGCAUAG